AUGUCCAAGCUUGCUCACUUGAAAUCCAGAUACCGACGGAACAUGUCUGACAAGCCUGCCACCCAGACCGCCUCUAGCACCGCCUAUACCGGUUAUCCUCAGACUCGAAUGCCAUACUCUGGAACAGCGUACCCACAGUUCAACGGAGGUAAGAGCUGGAAUACUUAUCGGGGUAACGCUGCUGAGAGUAUAGCAGGAAUGAAUCUGUCCAACGCCAACCCGCUGGCCAAUAUGCAGAACCUCAAAGCUACCCUUCCAACGUCGGGCCAUGUUGACAGUGAACUCGGCACCGUCAACCGUUCAGGGUACAGCAGCCCCCUCAUGGUCCUCCCAUCGGGUCAGACAGUUCCACUCGCCAACUUCUAUGGCCAGACCCAAACCGCCACAGCAGAGGCCGGUCCGCAGCUGCCCUACAUCCCAACUGGCAUGUUCCCAAGCUUCCUUGGCAACACCACCAUGGGCAGCGCUGGCCUUCCGGCUUAUGGCUGGCCUUAUGCAAUGUCCUCCAACGUUACUGGAUUCGAUGCUGUCCGCCGCGGCUCAUGGUCCUCCAACGAAGAGAAUGCACCUACUGGUCAAGGUGUUGCCCUUCAGGGUCAAUCAGACUAUUACACCGGAUUUCCUUACAUGCCUGCCGCUGCGGCCAGUCAACAUUACAUUCCAGGUCCUAUUCAGCCAAUGAAGUGCCAGGACAACAAGUCUUACGAAAUGGUCAACCUCGACGAGCUCGUGUCCCGCGAUCCACCGAUUCCUCGCGCGGUGCCUGCUCUCUGGACCAAUCAAGAAGAUUUGAGCCUCGCCAAAUGUCUCCAGAACCCAGAGGGCAUCACCAAUGUCUACAUUCGUGGCUUUAUGCCAGAUACCAGUGACGAGGACCUCGAACGCUGGGCUUCUCGUUUUGGCGAAAUCGAGUCCUGCAAGGCCAUCAUCGAACAAGACACCGGAAAGUGCAAAGGCUUCGGAUUCGUCAUGUACUACUCACCAGCUGCCGCGGAGAACUGCAUCAGAGGCUUUUUCCAUCUGGGCUUCCAAGCCAGCUAUGCUCAGAAAUCUCGCAACUCUCGGCUCAAAGAUCUUGAAGAUAAGAACUCCACAAACAUCUACUGCACCGGGGUUCCCAUUGACUGGAAUGAGUCGGACCUGGCCAAACACUUUCUGCCUUAUCAUGCCGUUUCCACCAAGAUCUGUCGUGAUGUUCCGUCCGGAGUCAGCAAGGAAGUUGGAUUUGCUCGAUUCGAGACUCGUGACAUUGCUGAACGUGUCAUCAAAGAGUUCCAUUCUGUCAUGACCGAACAUGACGGCGUCAAGCUCUUCCUCCGAUUUGCCGACACCAAGGCUCAGAAGCAGCUCAAACAGCAAAGUCAGGAACGGCGCAACUGGCGCAGCCGAGAAUACAGCUACUCGGUCGAGCACACCCCUUCCCCGACUUUGACUCGACUUCAGGGCAUGAAUAACCACAUCAGUCCCGGUGGAAGUUACCAGUCCCCUGCUGGAACUAGCAAUGCUUUUACCCCAGCGACGUCAGUCUCUCCGGCCGAAAUGCCCGCCGUCAACAAGAGUGCGACCGCAGUCCGCAGCUCGGCGUGGCCAAUGCAAGGUGGACUCCAAUCUAUCACCAACACGACGACCAUUCGAAACACCAUCCCGGCCACUCCAUCGACUCAUCCAUACAUUGAGGUGCCUCCCAAGGCUGCAGCUAUUGUCCCAAUCGUUCCCGACAUGCGUGACGCCGCAAACAAGACCAAGGCCAUCAGCCCAAAGAAAGUCACCAUCCAAGUGGAGCCAGCCAGCGGCAAGGAGAACCUCACCAGCACUUCGCAGUCCAGCAAAUGAGUCCACCACGCAAGGUCUUCUGAGGCGUCCUCCCGCUUUGAGUUAUUCUUGGCGAGUAUUACGUUCUUGGUCGGCUGGUCA